CUUCUCCUCACUUCCUCUCUGCGGUCCACUGGAGCGUCCACAGACAAACACCACCGACGGUGGGAGAGGUUAACUUCAACUCCAACGUCCAAACAAACGGGGCUGUACUCGCGGGUACCAACAAAUCCAGACUCCAGUCGCUUCCUGAAGAGCUUUUCCCGGAAAUGGUUCACCUGAAGUUUUCCUGCGGACGGUGAAAGUUUGGGAGUUGGAGAGGAAGGAGACGCAGCAGGGAGACGCUUCAAAUGGAGAGAGGGUGAAACUGCCCAUCUGGAUCAAUAAAGUUCAUCAAGAGCGUAACUCCAGUGUGAGGUGGUAUGUCAAACCGUGACUCGAUGGGGUUCGGGGACAUGCUUCCCCAGGACGUGGUCGAUAUUUUUGCCCAGGAGAAGCACGGCAAAAGGGGCCAUAAGAAGCGCAGUCGCUCCCUGGGCCGGGCUCUGGGCUGGCUGAAGGGCAAGAAGAGGAAGGAACUUAGUGCUAAGGGGCAGGGCCUGAGUCUCGGUCCUGCACUUGACUUGGCUUUUGACGUGCACCCUGCUGGACAUCAGGGUGGACACAAGGGAGGACAGAAGUCAGGAAGGCAGGCACAUCCACAAGGUAACGGUCAUGCUGUCCCAAAGCGAAAUGAUGAUGACGAGACCCCAGCUCCCCCAGAGCUCCAGGAGAACGUGUUCAUCGAGGCCAGCAGGCCCCAGUACCUGGAGAACCUCCACACUGAGGCCCUGGAGGGAUUGAAAAUGAUGCAGCAGGAAGAAACCAAUAAUGGAAUGGAGUUCCAGGACAAUGAAAGCGCAAUCUCAACAAUAGCAUCCCACACAGACAGGGAAGAUGCAGGGUUUAUGACCGACAGCACCAUUGCUGAUACAACUUCUGUCGUCUCUGUACAAUCAUCUGUGUCCACAAGAUCUUCCCGCUCUGGACUAACCAGGCAAGCAUCAACAUUCAGACCCUUAAACUCUGGAGAAAAGUCAGAAAAGAGCAAGAAAAGGAGAAGACACAGAAAGACGGUUGGAGGUAUCCCGCACCAUGUUCAGCGAGAACUUGGCCUGGACAGAGCAGGUUGGACACUGACUCAGAGGUUGGAUGAGGAACAGCUUUAUAAUGGUGAAUCUGAUGUUAGCCCAACCACUGAUGGGCUACAGCCGGCAGCAGAGUCACAAAGGGGAGCUGGUGCCAACCCUCCAGACAUCAGUGUCAUCCAUCCACUCAGCAAAAACCAAAUUGAGCAGCUUGCUGAUGCUCGUCACAGGGAUGACCUGGACCUGCUGCACCGCCUGGGCCCUGACAUGUCAGAUGGGCAGAGGCCUCAUUCCCUGGCCGUUCCCUGGAUGACUACUGCCAACAGCGUCCAGCAGGAGCUGCCCAGCCCUGUUAUGACCAUGUCACCCCAGGCUGCCUACAUGUCCAAAAUCAUUCCCAAUGCCGUGUUGCCACCUUCCAUUGACGUACUGGAAAUCAGCCGUGGAAGGAGUCGCAACAGCGUCCGCACCGUCAGCAAAAGCAGCCUGCUGGUGUCCAGCCCGGCCUCCUCCCGUGCUUCCUCCAGAACCUCCAAUAUCACCUCCGUUUCCCGCCAAAACCCUUCCAAUAUGUCCGACAGCUCUUGUUGGAGCAAUUCCGAGUCCUCGGAGACCUUGGUAUCUGACUCCUCGACCAUCUCCAGGAGCAGCACCCCCAGGCAGAAGAGGUCGCAGAAUGGGGACGCCACUGCUAAAGAGGACAAAAUCAGUGUUCAAGGUGGCAAGGUCAUUAUUAAGGGAGACGAGGUUAAGAAAGAGGGGCAGUUUGGGCGUAGCCUCUCUGUCAUGAAGGCAAAGAGGGCUCCUCCACCUCCGAGCCGCUCCUAUUCCCUUCACAAUAAGAUGAAACGACGAUCACGUGAUCUGGCGGAGGUCAGAGUCAACUCAAGGGAAUCUUCUCUCCAUAACAUUGCAGCAUCUGGUGAGGAAAAUGAGAAAAACAAAUCUGGAUCCUCUCCGAUGCCCUCCAGACCCAUAGACAGCCCUGGAUACAAUGCAGACACCAGCUCUCUGGACGACUCUGCAGGUUCUGUGUCGUUCAGUCCCAUCAGAUCCCAGCUGCAGGCACAAAAGGCAGAGGAUGCUGCAAAGGUUGAGGUUGAUGCUUUACAAGGGAAGAAGAAAACACUUCAGGAGAAUAAGCUAAGCAAAACAGUAUCUCCGUCCAGUGGCUACUCCAGCCAAGAUGCUUCUAAGCAGUCCCACAGCUCAUCUCCGAGGCACAAGAGAGGCAUCUUUGCAAAGCUUCAAAGGUUAUUUCCAGGGUCCACCCCUGCUGCUUCAACUGCGUCCUCUCUCACCCAGCAACAGGAUCUCAAACCUGAUACCACAGUUGAUACUGUGAGCCCUUCUGUCAGGGCCCUGAGAGAACUCUUCAACAUCCCUCCACAUCCUAAAAUCCACGCACCUCCACCCCCUCCUCCAGAGGUAUGGGCUCACAGCAGGCGGUCUGUUGAGCUGCUGCUGGGACCCCCGGUACCUGAUAACCUUCAGGCCAUCAUAAAGAAGAAUCCUAAGGACAGGAGACAACAGAGGCAGUCUCCGUCUGCAUCUACAGAGAGCUCUGUGAAGAGCUUGGUGGUAGAAAGAAAGCAAAAGAAUCCGGUUGUAACAGUGGAGUCUGUUAAUGGAUCCCUACAUGUACAGGAGACAAAGAAAGUUCAAGAAAGUGCAGAGACACACAAAGAGAAUGAUGAUCGACUGGCUGAGCAGAAUGUUGAUUUGAAAGGAAAUAGCAGCAUUGAGAAAGUAAGAGUAAGUGACAUUAUAAAUGGGAUGUUAGUGAAGGCUGUAGAAAAACGCGAAGGACGGCUGGCAGCAGCGAGAGAAAUAGAAGCCAAAAAGGCAUCCACACAAGCUACAGGGGUCAACAUGGAUACGAUACCCGCCAUUUCAUUAGCACGCAUUCCGCCAUCUCCCUCUCCUCCUCCGGCACACCAUCCUCCCCAACCACCUGCCAAACAGAUCACACCUGUAUCCCCCGAGUCGUCCUGGCCUCCACCACCUCCACCAAUGGCACAAGUGGGUCUGAGAGGGCCCGAUGAGAUGGACUUCCCUCUUCCACCUCCCCCAAUGUUUGGGGAGGUAGGGUUAGUCAUACCUGUCCAGGUGCCUACAGAGAGAUUGAUUUCUGGUGGCGACUCCUCUUGUACGUCUAAUAUAUCAGUGGUGAAAACAGAAUGUGUUCAGGUGACUGCAGAGGCUGAACAGAAGCCAAGUGCAUCCAAGGAGAUUGUACCUCAGCCUUUGAUUAUCCCCCCGCCUCCACCAUAUUCAGCUCCACCUCCACCACUUAAAGCGGUCUCCCCUCCUACAACUAGAAAGGUCUCCCCUCUACCGCCAAUUCAGGAGGUUUCUCUUCCACCACCACCACUUAAGGAGAUUUCUCCUCCACCACCACCACUUAAGGAGAUUUCUACUCCACCACCACCACCACCACCACUUAAGGAGGUUUCUCCUCCACCACCACCACCACUUAAGGAGGUUUUGCCUACACCACCACCUCAUGAGGUUUCUCCUCCGCCACAGUUCAAGGAAAUUUCUCCCUCCACACCACCUAAAGAAGUCUCUCCACCACCACCAAAGGAAGUUUCUCCUCCAUCGCCACCUAAGGAGACUUCUUGUCCAUCACCUAAAGAAAUCUCUGCACCACCAAAAGAGGUUUCUCGCCCUCAGUCACCUGAGAAGGUCUCUCUUCCUGCUGCACCUAAUGAUGUGUCUCCUGUUAGGCCCGAAGAGUCCACUCCUCCUCUUGUUCAAGAAGCCCCCCCUCCACUCAUCAAAGAUGUCUCUGUCACAAUGGUCACAGUGGUGUCUCCUCCACAAGUUAAGGACGUCUCUCCUCCACUGGUUGUUGAGGUCACCCCUCUGCCUCCUAAAGAGGUCUCCACUGAGGAAGUUUCUCCUCCAUCUUCUGAAGACAAUUCCCCUGAAGAGGUGACACCUAUCAGCAAGCUCGCUCCACCAGAAAGUAUUCCACCUCCACCGCCACUUCUGUCACAACCAAAUUCAUCAGCGCAGGAAACUAAUCUUCCACAAGUGAGCAUCCUAUACAAGUCUGAACCAAUCCCAGGUUCAUCUAACAGUAUUCUUACUCCCCCUCAGAGUAUUCCCCCUCUGCCUCCCAUACAGCUUCUCCACCAACAUCAGGUUGUACCCACAAAUAAUGGUCUUGAAACCCAAGAGGCCUCUCCCCCACCAACUUCUGAAGUUCCUGUCGCACCAGCUCUUGAAAACUCUUUGCCAGAAAAGGCUCAAGAACCUGCUCCCCCUCCACCUGUAAACAUUCCUUUGCCUCCACCUUUACCUGCGCAGGGUCUUGCCAGCAUUAAGGAGCAGCCUCGUCCUGUAAGCACAGAAAAGCAAACCCCAGAGGUGACAUCUGCCCCUGUUGUACAGGAGGGAUCCACUCCCAUUGUCACCCCCACCCUCCUGCAGAUGGUGAAGCUGCGGUCAGUCAACAGCAGCCCUGAGCCUCCUAAAGCUCAGGAGCCACCAGAAGCUGAGGUCACGAUGAGGAAGCAGCAGCCCACUAAUCCGGUCCCAACCUCAUCUACCAGUGGUGAGGCGCCUCAGAAGCCCAUCAGAAGGUCUCUGAUCAUCAUCUCUCCACCAUCCACUUCUCCACCACCUGCUUCUCCUCCCUCCACCUCUCCACCUGCUAUAGUUACUGCACAACCAGCUCUGCCCAAGUCCCACUCUGUUUUGGUUCUACCUGCAUCUUCAUCCACAGUUGUCUCCCCUACUAAAAAGUCUCCCCCCGCCAUGACCGCCUCUCCCUCCAUGAACCUCCAGGAGGCCAUCCGCCUGAGGACAGCAGCCAGAUCAAAAGAUGGCACUGCAUCUCGCCUCAGCUUGCACUCACCAACAUCACCAGUAGACCUCCGAAAGUCCCCCUCCCCCUCCCCCUCCCCCUCCAACACAGCAAGCUUUAUCUUCUCAAAGAGCAACAAGAGGGUGGUGAUUGAUACCAAGCCGGUGCCUGAGACGACUGUACAGAAGAAGCUUGAGGUUUCGUCUGUAGCAAAGGUGGUGAAUGAAGCUGAGUCAGUGAAGAAGGGAGUCAAGGUGCCACCACCUGUUGCGAAGAAACCCAAAUCAAAGGGCAAAGAGAUUGAAAGCAGUGAAGGGAUGGCACAAACUGCAGGACAGGAAGCACUGCAAGAGAGCAUCAAGAAUGCUGCAGAGAAAACAAAUGGGACAGCAGGUACUGUUGAAGGAGGAGGGACGCCAUCAGCAUGAUCGUAAAGACUGAAGGAGACCUGGGAAGGACUUAACCAAUAACACUGAAUUUGCUGGAAGUUGGUCUUUGUGUCUGAGACAAGAAACUGGAUUUGGAAAGAUGAGAUGCUUAUUUCAAAGAUUGCGUUUGGAUAAGUUGUGGAUUUUAAAGAAAAUCCUUUAACUUUAAUGUUAAUGGUGUGGGUCUUAAUUUUCUCAUGUACUCAUUUUGGAGUUUUGUAAGAGUGAAUACAACAUAUUUUCUUUUGCCUGUGGGUCUUCUGAGCUUUACCAUUGCUAGAGACGGGAACAUAUCGCCCUCUAGUGUCAAACAUUGAUUGUACCACUUACGUCCUGCUGAAUCAGAGCUUUAGUCAGUACUCGUGUCAAUGGGACUUUUGGGCGCUCAUCUGUAAAUAUAGCUUGAUUUUGUACAUUUAACACAUCCAAGAAUGAUGGAUCUGUACUACAGAGUUCUGUAUUUACUCCAAAAACUUUUCCACACCAAUUAUAUUUGUUGAAAAAUUAUAUUAAUUAUCUUAAGUUAUUUUUCCUGUUUUCACGUUCAGAGAGUCUCUACAGACACAAUGUCUACUUUGCAGUGCUGUGUUACACCCAAAUAUCCUUUAAAUCAUGUUUGUUUGUGUAGCUCUUAAUCAUCUCCAAAUUUACAUCCUUCUCAAAAAUCCCAUGUCCUUUUAUGAUUCAAAGCUCUCUAAAUGUGCAACCAUUCAUGUCACAAAUAAAUGAGCAGACAUGUUAUUUCAGAGCACAUUUUCUGCUGCGUUUAGUUAGUGUGUUACUAUUCAAGCAGUGGGAUAUAUCUGUGUUGGACUAUAAUAUAUUUCAAGCUGGUUUCAGACACUGUAAUGUAAUAAAUCAUUUAUAAUGGAAAGAAUAAAGAUUUAUGGACAGAUCAAACUCA